AUGCAAUUUAUGCUAUUGUUUAGCAGACAGGGGAAAUUAAGACUGCAAAAAUGGUAUGUAGCACAUCCUGAUAAGGUGAAAAAAAAAAUUACUCGAGAAUUAAUUACCACCAUUCUUGCAAGAAAACCAAAAAUGUGCAGUUUUUUGGAAUGGAAAGAUAUGAAAGUUGUUUACAAAAGAUAUGCCAGCCUGUACUUUUGUUGUGCUAUUGAACAGCAAGAUAAUGAGCUUCUGACUCUGGAAGUUAUUCAUCGUUAUGUAGAAUUAUUAGACAAAUACUUUGGAAGUGUUUGUGAAUUAGAUAUAAUUUUCAAUUUUGAAAAAGCAUACUUCAUAUUAGAUGAACUGAUGCUGGGAGGAGAAAUCCAAGAAACAUCGAAGAAAAAUGUGUUAAAGGCAAUUGCUGCACAGGAUCUUUUACAAGAGGUGAGUUAUGAUAGCACACCUUUGGAACUGUAA